GUUUAUCUACAUAGUAUUAAUAAAAUUCAACUUCAUUAUUUGUACCGCAUUUCUUUAAAUAUAUUAAACGUAACGUGGUGUAAUUAUGGAAUUAAGUGUGAUAAGAAAUCCUGACCUCGUUGUUGCUAUAGACGUUGGUAGUACUUACUCGGGUUAUGCCUGGCAAUGGCGGUCAGCAUUCAAUGCCAACAAAGCCAGCGUGGAGUUCAACACUGAUUGGGGACAGGGUGCUCCUCAGUUGCAUAAGACAAAUACCGCCUUGCUGUUGAAAAGGACUUUUGAUAGAACUGCUGAAACUUCUGUUGAGAACCCUGCUAAAAUAAAGACAGAAAUUGUUGCGUUCGGUUAUGCCGCGGAGCGAAGAUGGGCGAACAUUUGCGGCGAUCCGGAUCAAAAGAAGGAUAGAGACUCGUAUUACCUUUACAAGAAAUUUAAACUCCAGUUAUAUCAGUUGAAGCAGGAUCAGUACGAAGGAGAUGUUAACAUCGAAGACGCAGAUGGUCGACGUGAUUCACUAAAGGAAAUAAUGACGUUCUUUAUCCAAGCUCUUAGAGAGGAUUUUCUCAAAAAGGUGACAACGAGGGGACUUAAUUUAGAAGAUGUGAAGAUUCUAUGGGUCGUCACCGUGCCUGCUAUCUGGUCAGAAAAGGCCAAAAAAUUCAUGAGAGAUGCUGCGGAAAAGAGCGGCAUAGGAAAGAAGAAUCUCUUACUUGCAUCUGAGCCCGAGGCGGCUACAAUUUAUUGCCUUAACCUUCCCUCGGAGCAGAAAGCUGCCAUGGAAGACGCUUUUAACCCGGGUCACCGGUUUCUUACUGUUGACCUCGGAGGCGGAACGGCUGACUUAUUGGCUGUGGAAAUUCAAAAGGAUGGUUCGUUAAAGGAGCUGUGCUGUGAUCAAGGCCAAUUAGUAGGCGGACAAAAUGUCAAUGAAGCCUUCCUACAGUCUUGUCAUGAAAACUUUGAAGGUGAGGGCUGGAAAAAAAGCUUCAUGGAUGCAAAUCCGAUUGAACUUCUAAAAAUGGAGCAUGAUUUUGAAAAAAUGAAAGUUGCAAUUGGUUCUGAGAGCUCAGUUGACGAAUUAAUUACUGUUCAAUUACCGAAGAAAGUGCGGGAUGGCAUUGCAACCAAAUGCAUUACACUCAAGCCGAACAAAGACAAAGGAUUCGAAGCCGAAUAUGAUGAACUUCUAUUCCGAUCAAAAUAUAUCAGAGAUUCAUUAUUCCAGCAAACAUGUCACCUCAUAUUCAAUGCAGUAGACAACGUACUACAGAAAGAACAAACCAUUCAAACCGUCGUCUUGGUAGGAGGAUUCGCCGAAUCCGCGAUUGUUCAACAAAAUGUUAGACAAAAGAUACAAGGGAAGUACAGCAAUGUGAAGGUUGUUGCACCGACCUCACCGUUCAAAGCGGUUCUGAUGGGCGCUGUUAUGUAUGGACACGACAUGUUUAUUUACAAGAGCCGAAUAAGUAGAGCGACUUACGGAGUUGGUUGCAACUCGAUUUUUGACGACAAAAAGCACGACCAAUCAAAGAAAUGGUACAAUAAGGAAGAUGGACAAUACCGUUGUAAAGAUAUACUCGACGUGCAUGUCCGCAAAGGGGAUUCAGUGUUCCUAAACGACAACUCAACGAUUGGCAGAAAUUAUGUUCCUAUAUUCAAAAGUACAAAGAUUCUGGCGUUGCCAUUAUAUGAAACAUCGAGUAAGUGCGAUGACAAGGAAGCAGUUCUUUAUACAACCGAUGAGUCUUCAAAAAAGGUCGGCGAAAUUAAAGUAGAGCUGCCUGAUUCCGAGGAUUCAACAAAACAAGAAGUGUGCGUACAGAUGGUUUAUGGAGGCACCCAGCUGUCUGUCCUUGCCAAAGAGAAAACCUCUGGCAUGGAAUACAAUGCUGAUAUCAAAUUUGACACUAUGUAAUGUGUUACUACUAAUUGUAGCAGUUAGCUGAAAACAAGGUAAAAAGAUGACUUACCAAGCCCCCAUGGCACACUGAGAUUUAUUGAAAAACUGUUGUCAUCGUUGACCAUGGCAAU